AUUCAAAUAUCCUCUCCUCAUUCUUCGGGCGUCUCUGGCCUUGUAAAUCCAACAGAGAACACGCCUCUACCUGCGUUCACUUUCCCUCCUUCCUGGCUCUUCAAUUUUCAGAAUUGAACUUCUCCACUGAGACUGAUUCUCUUGCUUCUCGAAGAUGUCAUUUGAAUGGGCAGAUUUACCUCGUGAAUGCUGGGAAUUGAUCCUCCGAUCACUCAAGCACCGCCGUGACUACGACUCUGUAUCUUUGGUCUGCAAAGAAUUCUACUCUAUCACUCGGCGUCUUCACUCCUCUCUCACAAUCUACGACUCAACGUUUCCGUUCCUUCCCCGUUUUUUUGUCCGAUUUCCCGCUCUCAAAUUCAUCGAUCUCAGUAACUUCACUGGCGACCUCAAUCCCGUGCUUGCUCAGAUUUCAAAAUCUCGAUUGGCCCUCGAUUCCCUCAAUAUCUCGAAUCAGAAUUCUCUUCCCAUCGAUGGACUGCAAAAAUUGGGUUCGAAGAUGAGAAAUUAUCUGAGGGUUUUGAUCUGUUCCGGUAUUUGCGACCUUCAGGACAGCGAUCUAGUCCUCAUAGCUGAUUCAUUCCCGCUUCUAGAAGAGCUCCACAUUGGCUUCCCUGAAUUCGAUCCCAAAUUUACCGUGUCUGAUUCUGGAUUCACGGCGUUGACUAUGAGGCUGAAAAGCCUACGCACGGUCAAAAUUGAUGCGGGUCUUCCAUUGAGUAAGCUUAUCCUCAGGAAAUGUUCCGACUAUACAUAUAGUGGAAUAUCUUGCUUGUUGGCAAAAUGUCAAUCUGUUCAAUACUUGGACCUUCAGAAUGCUAAUCUCAUAGAUCAAGAUAUGAGGGAGUUAUCUUUGUUUCUCCGUAAUGUAACCUUCAUAAACCUAAGUUUUUGUUCGAAACUGACCAAUUCAACAUUUCUAACUCUCACAAGAAACUGUCCUGUGGUUAGUGAGAUCAGAAUGGAGAGGACAGAUCUUGGGACAGAGGGCUUAAAAGAAGAUUACUUGAAUGAUUUUGUUGUCCACUCUCAAGUGAAGAGACUCUUUUGGGUAGUAACUUCAAAUUGAAGGACGAAGAUGUCAAAAGAUUUGUUUCCAUGUGUCCCAAUUUAGAGCUUCUUGACAUAAACACUUGUGGGAAUAUUACAAAAGGGGUAUUUGAAGCUUUAAGGGACUGCCGUAAGAUUACACACCUAAGCUUAGCUGACUGUGCAGCAGUGAGCGGAUUUGAGAUAGGGUUUGAAUUACCCAAACUGGAGGUGAUGAACUUAUCGCAAUCAAGGAUUGAUGAUGAAGCCCUUUCAAUAGUUUCAAAGACUUGCUGUGGGCUAACACAUUUGGAGUUGCAGAAUUGCUUUAAUGUGACAUCAAACGGAGUGAGGAACGUGGUAGAAAAAUCAAGCAGACUGAGAGAGAUAAAUUUGAAGCACUGUAAUAAAGUAUGUGCUGAUAUUAUUCCAUGGAUGGUAUCUUCAAGCUCUUCUUUGAGAAAAAUAAUGGCUCCCCCCAGUUUUUGUGCUAGUGAGAGCCUGACGAAACUCUUGUUGCGUCAUGGAUGCCGUGUUUGUUAGAGCUAGACUGCUGGUAAUUUAGAGUCUCCGGAGGGCUUCUCUGAUAUGUAAAAUAAGUUUUCUUCAUUUCUCUAUGACAAUUUGCUCAGAAAAUUAAUAAUUUACAUUUAGCAUGUUUAUGCUUUUGGAAGACCACUCUACAUUUUCAAUUGUAAUGAAGUUGUGAUUACCAGUGGAAAACAGUGUUUUUCUGUUUCUUGUGUUAA